CUGCUGGCGAAGCAGUAUAUAGCGUCGUAUUUUUUUCAUUCGAUUAAGAAAAGUUGAACAGAGUGGAACGAGUGGAACUACACACAGAAACUUAAGUUUAGUUUUUAAUCAUGUUGUUGCAUUUGAGUUUGGUGUUGCUGCUGUUGUCUACUUGCUUGGUUGUCGCCCAAGGUGAACGAUCAUCAGGUAAUCGACCGGAUUAUUGCUCACUGCCUCCGGUGAUGGAGGGCGAGAAGCAAUGCAAGGGAUACAUCAGGAAAUGGACGUUCAACGAAACGGAAUCGACCUGCGCCUCUUACAUUUACGGUGGAUGCAACGGCUCCAAGAAUCUUUUCGACACGGAAGGAGAAUGUCAAGCCGCUUGCCCCCCUUCUCCCCUCGUUCCGCAGACGAAACAGAUGCUGGAUGCGUCAACUGACUCAACUCCGCUUGCAACUCCGCCGACUUCCGCCAGCGGCCCGUCCGUACCAUCCCCAGCAUCAGUAUCUCCUGCUGCUGACCGUUAUCAGUUGCCUUUAUUCCUUUUUCUUUUUAAUAUUAACCCAAUAUUUGUAAUUGGCAAAGCUGGUGAAUGA